GAUACAGCAAUCUCAAUUCCAAGACACACCCCAAACAUGUACAAAUCCACUAGUUCACGCGUUGCAUUGUAUAGAUGCAACCAAUUCGUGCGUUGUCAACUGACUGCAACCACUGAAGCAGUUAAAAAAUACCAUGGAGACGAUGUAGAAUAUGGUCUGUUAUCCAAGGCACAAAGAGCAUUUCUUGAUAGAGUUAUCAGAGUAGAUCAAGCGGGUGAACUUGGAGCAAAUUACAUCUAUUACGGUCAGUAUACAGUUCUUGCUGCCAGAUUCCCCCAAUUGAAACCCGUUUUGCAACACAUGUGGGAUCAAGAAAUCCAUCAUCAUAAUACAUUCAAUAAACUUCAAACGGAACGCCGAGUACGGCCUUCAUUACUCACACCCCUUUGGAAAGUGGGUGCGUUUGGAAUGGGUGUUGGUACGGGUCUCUUGGGAAAGGAGGCUGCUAUGGCAUGCACAGUUGCGGUGGAAACCGUCAUUGGUGGCCAUUAUAAUCAACAAUUACGAGUCUUGAUGAAUCAAUAUGAUAUCCCAGUCUAUGACAAAAUCACUGGGAAAAUUAUUGAAAAUCCUGACAUGGAAAUUCAAGAAUCACCUGAGUUAGCUAAUCUUAAACAUCUCAUCAGUACUUUCAGAGAUGAAGAAUUAGAACAUCUUGAUACUGCCAUUGAAAACGAUGCUGAAAAGGCCGUUCCAUAUAUGUUAUUGACAGAAGCUAUCAAGUUGGUAUGUAGAAGUGCCAUUUGGACUGCUGAAAGAGUUUAAUAUAGAUGAAGAUAUGAAGAUAUGACUUA